AUGUACAGCUAUUCCGAGACGCCUAGGGCUCAGCCUCUGGCGAUUCGGGAGCCCGCGUUUCUGCCCUUCGCCCCUCCCACGAUGCCGCGCAAGCUGUUUGAACCGUUGGGUGGCGGCAGGGGUGAUGAAAAUCCUAAUGAGAAUUUGUGGUCGAAGAAGUAUGAGAUGCUGAGGGGCUAUGAGAUGGGGAAGUUCAAUCUACCUAAUGAAUGGGUAUUGAUCCUGCAAGAAAAAUCUGGUGGCAAGAUUAUUUAUAGGAUGGGCGGAGUGUUGUAUGUGUUCCAUGGCAGAAACUAUGAUCACCAAAAACAGCCUCGCUUACCUAAAAUGCUUUGGAAACCGGCUACACCAGUUUAUCCGAAGCUUAUACAAGAUGCCCCCGAGAGGCUGACGAAGGAAGAAGCAGAUGAGUUUAGAACGAAAGGGAAAAGGCUUCUCCCAAUCCCUAAAUUAGCGAAAAAUGGGGUUUACAUCACCCUGGUGAGGGAUGUGAGGACCGCGUUUGAAGGGUCCGAAUUGGCGAGGAUAGAUUGCAGAGGGUUUCAGCCUAGUGAUUACAAGAAGAUAGGAGCUAAGUUGAAGGAAUUGGUGCCCUGUGUGCUGCUAUCGUUUGAUGAUGAGCAAAUACUGAUGUGGAGAGGAAGGGAGUGGAAAUCUAUGUAUCAGGAUGAAGUUCCUCAGAUAUACCUACAUUCUGCUAACGGCUCGUCCCCUACUUAUCUUUCGGAUCCGGAGUCCAGGCAGAUAAGCCCCAAGAUGAUGGCGCUGUGGCAACCCAUUGAGUCGGGGCGAGCAUCGAUUCUGCACGAGGUCAAUGUGAGCCCGGACGAGCUUCUUUCGAAGGUGGAGGAGUUUGAGAGUGCGUCUCAGGCAAUCACACACUCUUAUCCCGCCACGGUCUAUUCAGAUGACGGGAGCUCAUCCCCGGAUUCUAGAGCCCUGGUUGGAGAGGAUGAUGAUGUUGACGAUUUCAGUGAAGAUGAUGAGUCUUUUGAUGCAGUGAAAUCUCAAGUUCUAUUAGGAUCACUUCCCAUUGAUCUGUUAGCAAUGCAAUUCAGCGAUAGGUGAUGAAUCUGAUUAUGAGAAUUAGGGCCACAUACAUAUGCAUCAUGCAUGUAUGCGGGUGGGUGCGUUAUAAUGAUAACCCAUAUUUAGGAUGAUAACCUAAUAACAUAUCAUUUUAUGGACAAAAUAUAUUUUUACUUAAAUACAUGAAGGAGUGAAAAGAUACAAA